CGCCGCGGCUGCUGGAGGAGCAGGCGGACUAGAGCUAUAAAAGCGCUGGCCCGGCGCCGGCUCCGGCUUCAUUUACUGCCUCGCGCGGCGAGCGGCCGGGAGCGAGCGAGCAAACGAGCUAGCGAACGAACGAGGGAGCAAGCGAGCGAGCGCCGCGGGCGGGGGGCGGGCGGCGAACUGGCCGGAGCCGAGGGAGCAGCGCUCGAGGCUGCCCAAUGCGUGCACAAUCUGCUGCUGCUGCCGCCGCCGCCGCCGCCGCAGCCGCUGCCCCCGCCGCUUCGCCGCAGCCGCAGCCGCCGCCGCUGCCUCCGCUGCAGCUGCUGCCGCCUCCGCCGCUCCCCGAGCAAUAUGCUGGAGCCACAGAACAGCUAAACGGAGUUUCCCCACCGCUGCCUGGGCUGGAUUGCAGCGCUGUCGUUCCUUAUGAAGAAGACACAAACUUGGAUUAUCACUUGCAUUUAUCUUCAGCUGCUCCUAUUCAACCCUCUCGUCAAAACUAAAGGGAUCUGUGGGAAUCCUGUGACCGAUGAUGUGAAAGAGAUUACAACAUUGGUGGCAAAUCUUCCGAAUGACUAUAUGAUACCUCUUAACUAUGUCCCCGGGAUGGAACUCCUGCCUAAUCAUUGUUGGUUACAUUUGAUGGUGCCUGAAUUGGCCAACAGCCUGAAUAACCUCUUGUACAAAUUUUCCAAAAUUUCCAGUAGCCUGAGUAAUUAUUCAAUCAUCGAUAAACUCAUAAAGAUCAUUGAUGACCUAAUGGGAUGCUUAGAAGAGAAAAAUAAGAAUUUCAGAAAACAAAAUAACAACAUUUAUGAAGAAGGCUCAUUCAAUCCCGAAAAGUUUUUUAGCUUCUUUAAUAAAUCCAUCGAUGCCUUCAAGGAACUUGAAGAAAUACCUGAGCAGAGCAACUGUGUCCUGCCUUCAACAGUAGGACCUCAGAAAGAUUCCAGGGUCAAUGUCACAAAACCAUUUUUGUUACCCCCCGUUGCAGCCAGCUCCCUUAGGAAUGACAGCAGUAGCAGUAAUAGGAAGUCAUCAGGAUCUGCUAAAGACCCAAGUGUGCAUUGGGUAGCCAUUGUGUUGCCAUCACUGUUUUCUCUUGUAAUUGGCUUUGUGCUGGGAGUCUUAUACUGGAAGAAAAAACAAAUGAGUCUUAAAAUGGAAGGUGAAAACAGAGAGAUUAGUGAAGAGGAUAAUGAGAUAAGUAUGUUGCAAGAAAAAGAGAGAGAGUUUCAAGAAGUGUAACUGUUGCUUGUAUCAACACUGUUACUUUUGCACAACGGCGGGUAACAGUUUUAUGUUUGCUUCAUAAAUGAAGCAGCUUUAAGCAAAUUCAUAUUCUGUCUGGAGUGACAGACUGAGUCUCUGUCUGUACUUGCUACCCAUGACUCCAUAAUGAUGAUUCAGAAAUGGGGACAAAGUGUCUUACUGUGAAACCAGCCCUGAAUUAAUCAUCUGCAAAGAAGAAUAUGCAUGGAGCAAAACUCUAUUUUAAGAAUUUGGGGAUUUGCCGUCUCAUUUAGAACUGGUAACUCAUGUCGGGAAAGGAACUUCAUUCCCUAGACUCCAUGCACCACCCGCAUGCCUCCAGCAACGUGUAGUUUACCAAACAUCCACGUGUUCUAAUCCUUCAAUUGCCAUCCGCAUCCCACAGUUUAACCUGAUCUGUUAGAAAUGGCCUGGAUCUUGGAUUGUGGGAAUAACAAAAUGAAAGAAGCUGUAGAAAAUAGAGUUUUAAAGACACUCUGGUAUGGGAAGAGGGGAAAUCUGAGAGAUGCAGAAGGUUAGCAUGCUGGCCUUUAGUCUUACAGAAUCUAGGUUCAUGUUUUGGACGACAUGACAUGGAUCCAGUCUCUCUCUCUGCCCAAUGAACACCAUAUCUAUCCAUCUCAAAAAAAAAAAAAAAAAAAGCCUACCGGAUAAUCUGACAUGGUUGG